AUGACUGCGCUUCUGCGAUCUGGAGAAGACCGCACUACCCAGCCUGUGCCGCUCAGUUACGACAAGUUCACAUUUGAGUUUAACUUUAAUGAGCCCGAGAUUCUCGUUAAAUUUACUACCGUCGGGACGGAUGACGUGGUGAAGAUCAACGGACCUGCCGUGACCACUGAAUUUCUCGUCGGAGAUGACAAGGUCCAACCUACCAUCAUUCAACCUACUACUACUACUCCCCGUGACCCGGAGGGAGGGCGUUGGCUAAACAAGCGUAAGGCGGAGUUGAUUGACGACACCCUAUGGGAUAACCUUGAGAGGUCCCAUCGUCAGAACCUCCGCCAUGAUGAAGCUAUCAAAGCUCAGAAGAGCAAGAGGCAGUACCUUGAUAGCCCUCAGCCGCCCUCCUCACCCGCACCUGCCAUUCCCUGUCCUCCUAAAUCCAAUGUCAGUGGUUCCAAGGUUGGGCCUAGCCGGGCCCCAGCACAGAAGGAGACUAAUCAGACGGAUGACAUGCGCAUGGGAGGCGCUGAGGAUGAUUAUAACAACGAGGUCGCGAGGGAAGUCGGCCGCGUCAACAAGAAGGACAAGGGUGUAGUGGGUAGGAAGUAA